AUGAUCUGUCCCAUACCAAAGAUCCGUCCACCCACAGACCUAGAUAGUGACUUCCACCAAGUUUCCGUGCUACCACAACUAGAAAAAGUUAUCGAGAAGCUACAGCUCCAACUCAAUAAAUCCAGUUUCAAGAUCAAAACAAACCAGCACGCUUUCACGAGCGGUCACUCCACCGUGUCGGCCCUUACCUCCAUAUCUCAGAACUGGUUUGACUCAACGGACAACUCCUCAACCGGUAGGCAAGGUGUUCACGCCCUAUUUGUUGAUUUCCGGAAGGCGUUUGACUUGGUCGACCAUAAGAUCUUUCUGGACAAGCGUGCUGAUAUGAAUGUAACAAGGAGUUUCUGGUUAUGGAUAAUGAGUUUUCUGGAGGGAAGAACACAACAGGUAAAUCUCCAAAGUGUACUAUCCUUUACUGCAUCAUGCCCAUCCGGCGUCCCUCAGGGAUCUGCUAUCUCGCCGACCCUAUUCAACAUACAUAUUAACGAUAUGGAGGACAAUGUUUCUGAACAGACAUGUGUCAACACAACCAAAUAUGCGGACGAUUGCACCAUGGAUACGUCAAUAAGAACAGGAGAAUCUAGCGAUUUGCAAAGCGCUCUGGACUCAGUGCAAAGUUGGGCUGUGGAAAAUAAGAUGGAACUGAAUGUCAAAAAGACAAAAGAUAUGUGGAUUAACUUCACCGAAGCACCGCCCCCAUCUACCACUGCAUAUAGUAGAUGCUAUCAUAGAAAGAUUCUAUAA